GAUAUACUGGGGGAACGCAAAACUGUUGAUUUCGUCGUUUCGGAUUGAUCUAACAAACAAAUAAGCAUGUGGUCCGAAGCAAGGAUGAAGCAUUUGAUGUAUGGGAUCAGCGUAGUUAUGCUGCUGGUUGGUGUCGGACUUACAGUCAUAGGCACAUGGCUGGACAGAUCGUAUAAACUGACUGACUAUAUGAAUGACUCGGACAGCUUCAGGCUCUUGUAUAUAGCUUCUUACAGCUUUGUCAGUGUUGGACCUCUCAUCAUCCCCUUUACAAUUGUUGGAAUCUGUGGAACAGUCAGAAGGAGCGUGCGUCUUUUAUACGUGUUCUUGAUAGGAUUCUUGAUUCUCUCAACCAUUCUGCUUGCGGUUGGAGUGUACAAUUGGGUGCAACAUAGAGAUGCGAUAGAGGCUUUUGCAAAUCACCUGAGGGCCAAAUUUGUGGUUGAUGACGAUUUCAGAAAGUAUAUGAAAAAUGUACAUACGUUAAACUGCUGUGGAUCUAUUGGUUAUAGCAACGACUUCCUGAAUACAUGCACCCCUCGGGCACCAUAUUCGUACUGUGCUUUCCCGACGUACUUACAACUGAAACCUUACAUCUACGGAUCGGUUGGUGUCGCCUGGGCUGUUGAUGUUUUUAUG